UUGGUACGACCUAGAGAGCCUGGAUCUUAUAAAAUCUAGGCUCUCUAGUACGACCGUUUGACAUCGCGUUUGUUUUUGUUGUGUUAACACAAUAGAGUUAUCUACGUGCGCAUGUAUUGCGUGUACGUACACGAAAAAGAUUGAGGUUAAAUUUUGUCCGGCCAGCAAAAUCAAAUGGUGCGCUAGUGUGUGUACUUGAAACGUCAUAAAGCUCUAUUGGGUGGAACUGCCGCAAACAAAAAGUUAAACAGAAUUAAUUCUUAAGAACGGUGGCGCAGGAGAUCAGAAAAAGUGGCUGAUACAGAAGAUGCUGCUGGCCAGAGGAUCUGUCAUCGCCCUGCAACUGGAGUCUAAGAUCAACAACAACCUUCACGCAAAUGCGCAGGCGCACGAGAACUUGCUCGCGCUCUUGCAACGAACUCAAGUGGUGGUGCUGGAGGCGGCGGAAGUGGUGCCCAGAGUCAUGACGGUCACGGCGUGGUUGGUGGAGAGCAUCACGGAGGGCCGCACCACCACUAUCAGGCGUCACGAGUCGGAGAGGUCGGGGUCUCGGGCACGGACCCGGCGGAUCACAUGGCGUUGCCGGAGCUGCUCGAGAACAAACCGCUGCAUGUGGAUGCCUCGAAGGCAUCAGGUUACCGUGGAGCUGCCGUAUCAUCGCCGGUUAGCUCCAAAGCAUCGUGCAACUAGACGACACCACUGCCACACCUUCGAGAAGUUCGCAUCAUAGUCUGCAGCAGCAGCAGUAGCAACAACCGCAGCAGUCUCAACUGAUUGGAGGACCUCCAUUGAGUAGCAGUGGCCAUAGAGCUUUAUGACGUUUCGCGUACGCACACUAGCGCACCAUUUGAUUUUGCUGGCCGGACAAAAUUUAACCUCACUUUUUUUCGUGUACGUACACGCAAUACACACGCACGUAGAUAACUCUAUAUGCAGCCACAGGUGUGACAACAACAACACCAGCAGCAAUCCCAGUCCGGGCCGUACCUGUCGCAAAACGAGCAAAACGUCAUCAUACCUCCACAGCAGUCGGAUACACCUUCGAGCGGGCUAGCCGAACAACACCUCGUUCCUGCUCAAUCCGUGACAUCUUUUGGCUCCGUGAUGACCACUAUCACCGGUACAACCAUAAAACCCGGCGGUCCAGCAAUAUCUGUUAGACAGUUAGUAAACAAGUUUGAUUUAUUUGUUUGAAUGGUUUCCAUUAUAAAUACACAAUUGGGUCCUAAAAUGAAGCUUAGAUUGCUGGUAUUAUUGUUUAUAGCGAUAAAGCUUAUUUUUCUGAGUACAAUGACCCUUUGUACGACCACAAAAAGUUUAAAAUGGAUUUUUGAAUCAAUUUUGAAAAAUUAACCUCGCGAUCCUUCUUGACAGAAAAGCUCCUACUUGACAGCUCGUUCCAAGGGGUUUCCAUAGUUAAUCCAUCGAAAAAAUGUUGUCUUGUCAAAAAAAAAUUUGCAUUAAAAUGAAAAAAAGUGAUCAGAAAUUGUUUUUAAUCGUGUUUUUUACCGUUGUACAUAGAAAUUGACAUAGAGCUUUAGUACCCAUUUGAAUCAAAUAUGGGUCAUUCCACCUGAAGCGGAACACCAUUUGAAAAUUACCAUCUCCGAUUCUGCUCAAAUUUGGCAGAGCUGUUAAGACUAUCAAAACAUGCAAAAAUCCCGAAUUUCAUCCAAAUCGGACCACCCCCUCCAUUUUUGUACCCUCCCAAAAAAUCGACCUUUUGGCGAUUUUUGAGCAAAACCCCUAUCUUCAAACGACGAUAGCUCAGGAACCACAAAUCUUAGAGGGUCGGUCUUAGACUCAAUUUUGAAGGAAAUUGGACGUAGAAUCCAUUUCCGUGAUCAAAAUUUAGAUUAAAAUAUGUUUUCUACCUGUAUUGCGCAAUUGAAAUCUUUAAAUGGCCGUAUCUCAAAACAGCCCUAUUUAUUUUUUGAAUUUGACCUCACCAUCGUAUUCCCCGUCCGAUUUUACAUAAGAAUCACUUAUCGACAGAAAGGAAUAUGUUUCGUUCCAGAGAUAUCGAAUUUUAAAGUUUUGAGUAUUUGAAAUUACCUAUAAUAUCUACACUCGCCGCAUCUGCUAGAAGCACUCAGUCGUGCUGAUCAAUAAUAACUACCUGGUGUUCUGUAAGAUGAAUUAUUUUUUCAAUUUUAUACGAUUAUGAGAUACUCAAUACCUUGAACAAUCUAUUUUUUGUUUAAGGAAUAUUUAUUGGGUAAUUUUUAAUGCACUAUUUUUCCAUUUUUCCUGAUCUCAGUGUCAUUGAACCAUAUUAAGUAAAAUUUGAACUUUUAAUAUUUAUUUGCAAAUGCUACAGAGUUGGGUCUGAUUAGAUUAGAUUAGAUUAUUUGCAAAUGCUACAGAGUUUUUACAAUACAAUUUUCGAAAAUUUAUCAUUAUUCUAUUAUUUUCAUAUUUUUUCUAAUUCCUCAUUUCUUCCCACUUUCUCAAAUUAUUUCUUUUAUUUCUUCUUUUAUUUGAAACGA